AUGCUAGAACACGUAGAUGCAUACACGUUUGUCAAUAUCAGAGUGCUAGAACACGUAGAUGCGUACACGUUUGUCAAUAUCAGAGUGCUAGAACACGUAGAUGCAUACACGUUUGUCAAUAUCAGAGUGCUAGAACACGUAGAUGCAUACACGUUUGUCAAUAUCAGAGUGCUAGAACACGUAGAUGCAUACACGUUUGUCAAUAUCAGAGUGCUAGAACACGUAGAUGCAUACACGUUUGUCAAUAUCAGAGUGCUAGAACACGUAGAUGCGUACACGUUUGUCAAUAUCAGAGUGCUAGAACACGUAGAUGCAUAA